UGAUGAUGAAAGUAGCGUUUGCAAUGAUGUGUCUUCUUGUUGCAGCCACAACUACCGACGCAGUGUACCGUCCUUGGCCACCGGAGUGUGUAGACGUGGCGAACGUGAUGCUAGAACAGUGCAAGAUGUUCUUCGUCCAUCAGGAGUCUCCGCCCACCGCAGAGUGUUGCCGUUGGUUCAGUGCCGCCGUAAGCAUGGGAAGGAGAGGCGCAGGCUUUGCCGGUGUAUGGAGUUUCUGA